CAAAAAUCAAAACCCAAAGCGCGUAUUUUGGAUUUGAAUGCAAGCAAACAUUCUCCGCAGUUUUCAUGUUCGCUCAAAGAUUGCUUCGGCACUGAGGAAUUCCUUUUCUUUUUAGUCUGGGAGCGUCUAUUUUUCUUUAAACCAUUUACUAGAUUUUGCGGUAAGUAUAUAUUUCUGUGGUGCGAGUGAGUAAGUGAGAAAUAGAGAAGGAAGAUGACCAUGAAAAUGGCGGGGGAUUGGAAGAGUAGGUGGAGAUCUCAGAGCAAGUCGAAGCUGCAUAUUUUGAAGUUGGGGGUGGGAGCUAUUGUGGCGGCUCUGGUUUUUAGGCUAAUCUUCUCUAGAUCCAUUGAUGUUCCUCAAGUGGCACAUACUGGGAUCAUAAUUCUUGAAAAUAGGAUUCCCGACCAAACUGUUGACACUAAAGACGAAAGGGAUGUAGGGCUGUGUGAUCUUUUUCAUGGAGAUUGGAUUCGAACACCAAGCGGUCCUGUUUAUACGAAUGAGUCGUGCCCCUUCAUUGAAGGCCAUCAAAACUGUUUGAGGAAUGGUAGGCCUGAUACGAAUUAUCUUUACUGGAGAUGGAAUCCACGUGGUUGUUCCCUCCCCCAAUUCAAUGCAAGGAGAUUUCUUGAGCUUAUGAGGCAUAAAACUUGGGGGUUAAUUGGUGAUUCAUUAUCCAGGAAUCAUGCCCAAUCAAUUCUUUGCAUACUCUCUAAGGUAGAACGGGCAGUGGAAGUAUACCACGAUGAGGAGUUCAAAUCCAGGAGAUGGUUCUUUCCCUCAUUCAACUUUUCUCUUUCAGCCAUUUGGUCCCCUUUCUUGGCAGAAGCUGCCAUAUUUGAAGACAUAAACGGAGUUUCUUCCUCUGAGAUAGAACUGCAUCUUGAUAGGCUUGAUAAGAAUUGGACUCAACAAUUCAAUGAAUUAGACUACGUAGUGUUUUCAAGUGGUCUGUGGUUUAUGAAACCCGCUGUGUAUAUCAAGAACGGCAUGUUAAUAGGGUGCCACUACUGUCCAAAAAGAGACUUGAAAGAGCUCGGUUUCGGGUUUGCCUAUGGAGAAAUUCUGAGAAAUGUUUUCAACCAUGCUGUUUCAUCAAAGCAUAGAGGUAUGGUUUUCUUCCGGACAAGCACGCCAGAUCAUUUUGAGAACGGCCAGUGGUUUACAGGGGGGAGGUGUGAGAGAAAAGAACCAGUGCAUGAAGGUGAGUUUGAGUUGAGUGAAGUUAACAGAAUUCUUCGUGAUGUUGAGCUAGAGGAAUUCAAGAAUGUGUCAGCCAAAGCAACUGACAAUGGGGUGAAGCUUAUGCUCUUUGAUGUGAAUCCACUUUCGUUGUUGAGGCCCGACGGGCACCCUGGCCCAUACAGAUUCUUUCAACCAUUUGCGGAUGGGAAGAACAAGACAAACAUUAACGACUGCUUGCACUGGUGCUUGCCAGGGCCUAUUGAUUCUUGGAAUGAUUUGCUAAUGGAAAUGGUUAUUCGCAGUGGCUGAUUACGGUUCAGUCUGGAGCGAUGCAACUUUUUACCAUACUGCCGGUGGUUUUAUGUACACCAAGCAGCCAUACUAUACCACAAUAUUGUACCUUACACAUUAUACCAAUUGUUUUCAGUGUGUAACCCUAUUUUUAUUUGUAAUCAACUAAAUUAAGGUAU